AUGGAGGAUCUAACCCUAGGGGUGCUGAAUUUAAGGAGCAACAAUCUCACUGGCUCAAUUUCUGAUGUGUUCCGAAGCAAUUGUGGUUUACAAACUUUAGAUCUCAACGAAAACCAACUAGAAGGAAAGUUGUCAAAAUCUUUGGCCAAGUGCAAAAAGUUGGAGGUCUUGGACAUUGGGAACAAUUACAUUAAGGAUACCUUCCCAUGCUACUUGAAGAACAUAAUCAUGUUGCGUGUCCUUGUUUUGCGAUCUAAUGAAUUUUAUGGGCCUGUUGGUUGUCCUGGGCGUAAUGCCACUUGGCCAAAGCUUCAAAUUAAAGACAUAGCUUCAAACAAUUUUACUACUUUGUCUGGGUAUGUUUAUUAUCAAGAUGUUGUAACAGUUACCGCCAAAGGUCAACCGAUGGAGCUGGUGAAGAUUUUAACUAUCUUCAUCUCCCUUGACUUUUCAUGCAACAAUUUUGAGGGGCCAAUAUUUGAAGAAAUAGGAGAACUCAAAUCACUGUAUAUCUUCAACUUGUUUCAUAAUUCUUUCACAGGCCAAAUCCCACAAUCUCUAGGAAAAUUGACUUAUCUUAAGUCACUGGACUUGUCAAGCAACAAGCUUACCGGUGAGAUUCAUGUCCAACUUGCAGACGGUCUUAUUUUCCUAUCAGUCGUUAACCUUUCGUUCAAUCAAUUGGUGAGAAAGAUUCCACAGAUCAAACAAUUUGAUACAUUCUCGGAAACUUUGUAUGACGGGAACAAUGGAUUAUGUGGCUUUCCUAUGAGAGGAAAAUGCACACAUGAAGAGCUGAGAUCAUCACCUCCAACAUAUGAAGACACUCAUUCGAAUUUUGGGAAUGCAAUUGACUGGAACUUCUUAAGUGAUGAAUUGAGAUUUGUUUUUGGCUUUGGGAUUGUUGUUGGACCUCUUAUGUUUUGGAAGAGGUGGAGGAUAUAUAUGCUACUAUAA